AUGCUCUGGGAGUGCGAGUCGUUGGGCCCGAAGUUCAGCAAGAAAGAGUGGGACGCGCUCUUGCGAAGUCCCCUCUUUGAAGACGAAAUCCUGGCCGUCCAGCGCGCCCGUGAUCGGGCUGAGAGGCUUGGAGAACAGAUGCGCUUGGAAAUGGAGGCCCUUGGAUUGGCGCAACAAGAGGAGGCAGCGGAACAAGCCGACCAUCAGGCGACGACUUCAAGCAAGUCAUCAAAAGCAACCAAAGGUUCGGUGAGCGCUCACUCGAAGCCAAGCUCGGCGAAGAGUUCGGUGUCUCAAAAGGGUUCGUUCAGCACUCACUCGAAGGCAAGCUCGGCGAAGAGUUCGACGUCUCCAAAGAGAACGCCACAAGCUUCAGUCAAAGGAUCCAAAACGCCGUCUGGAGAAGCUGAAGCAAAGCCAGAGGAAGCCGUUAAAACACAACCGGAGGGUGAGUCAGCAGGCACUGAAGGAGCCGGGGAGCAAGGACCGGAGGAAGGUGCUGCUGAGAAGGAAGAAUUCGACAUGUUUCCCGAACACGGAGAGAUGCAGCCCGCAGGACAGCUGGAGCCUGAGAAGGAGGCCGAGCCGGAAGAAGCGCAGCGCUUGCUCCUUGCGGUGCUGAUCGUGCUUGCGGCGCUCGUGCUGAUCGUUCUGGCCGGCCUGUUCCUGUACGCCAAGCCGCUCGAGGUUCUCACCAACGGCACCAUCCUCAAGAUCAGCCCGUGCUCGUCGCCCGGCUGCAUCAAGGCAAAGACGCUUUCCGACGGCAUGCUUCAAUCCGCUAAUGUCAAGCAGGGAAGCCUGCACCCCUGCAACAGGUUCUACGAAUACUCGUGCGGUGGCUGGGCAGCCAGGAACAUUGAAACCAGCUCGCGCACAGCGCUGAACGAGGUGCUGGUCAACAAGAUGAACCAUACUCUUUCCACGGCCAAUCUGGGCACGUCGGAGUUCGAGCCGUACCGAAACUUGGUCCUCUUCUACCGGUCCUGCAUCGACUUCCACACGACGGCCAUGCCGACAGACGUGCGCGUGCGCAAGACCCUCUACCUGCUCGACUUGAGCUUCAGCGAGUGGCUCCACCACAACCAGGAUCCCAUAAUCCUGUUCUACUUCAUGAUACGCCUCUCGCUGUCCCAGGGCAUCAACACGUUGCUGAAGCUGAGCGUGAUCGAAAAGAACCGGGAGGCGCGCGUGGUGCUGGAGGUUGGCAUGUCGGCGUGGCAAAAGUUCUCCUCGGAGACCUCGCGCAAAUUUGACGAAAGAACGUACAGGCUGUACAUGAGCGAUGCGCUCUUCAGUCUCGGAAUACCCAACAUCACUGACAAGGUGAUCGAGGAAACGCUUAAAUGGGACAACGUUACUACAAUAAGGCACAAGAUGGCGAAGGCGGACCUCAUCCACGAGCACACGGUCUACGAGCUGCUCAAGACUUCUGUCUUCUCAACGCAGAAAGAGAGCAAGGUGAGCGGACCGGACUGGUUGUACGCCAUCAACGACAAUAUGCCACACACGCUGCGUCUGAAGAACACCUCCCACAUGGACACGCACAACCUGAUCUUCAUCGAGCAAGUGGUCGAAGAGUUCUUCAGCAAGAGCAAGAUCGAACUGGUCACCUAUGUCGUCACACUGGCAAUGGCUGAGCUGCUGCGCUACGACUUCAACAGAGAGCACAGGUACGUAGCGACGUGCUUGAAGUCCUCGUACGACAACUUCCCCGAGCCACUGAUGAGCCUGUUCGUCAGCCAACACCUGAAGAAGAGCGUCAUCGACAACUUUCGGAUAUUCUUCGAGAACAUCAAGAGGGAAGUGCACGACAGCGUUCCCACCUUCGACUGGAUGGACCAGAACACGCGCAUCAAGGCACGUGUCAAGAUCAACACGGUGGGGCUGCGAACUGUAGAGAGCACCACUCGAGAGGUGAACCCUGACGAGGAGCACAUGUCCGGCGACUUCCUGUCCAACUACGUGCUCAUUGCUCGCUACAACAAGAAGCGCGCCAACCGCUAUCCAGAACCGAGCCUGAAGCUGCAGCAGACCCUCAACCUGAUCCUCGGAAACGUAUUCGUGGACUACGAGGACAACAUGAUCAGCGUGCCCGCCAGAGACCUGCUGGAACCAAUCUACUACGAGGACGCGAAAGAGAAAUUCGUCAACCUCUCGGUAAUCGGCUCCGUGGUGGCGGCCGAGGUGGUCUCCGUGGCUUUUUCGCCGUCCGGAUCCAAGUUCGCGGCCGGCGGUCUAAAGAUUGACUGGUGGCCGGAACGGGUCGCCACGAACUACGAAAGACGCAUGAUUUGUUACGAGGGGGAGUAUUACCAGCUCAGAAAUUCUGAUACGGCGGGCAAUGCUAGCAACUCGGAGCGAGCACCACAAGAGGUCCUGGAGUACCUGAUGACGUACAGCCGAGGCCUCGAGAUCGCCUACAAGAUGGCCGACAUCGUAGAGAAUAGCAACAAGCAGCUGUUUUUCACGCGCUUCUGCCAGAUGUUUUGCGACAGCAACCAGUUCAAGAGCACGCACGCGCGCAAGAGCCUCAACGUGAAGCAUGCCUGCAUGUACCCCAUGCUGCACAGUGAAGGGUUCCGCGAAGCGUUCGGAAAGAGUGAAGUGGAAAAGAAAAGAGAAAGAAGCCAAAUUUUGCGACUGACGCAGACAGUUGAUAAGUACAAGCAGCUGCUAAAGGAGCUUAAGGAGGAUUCGCUUGCUCCAGAUCUUUCUUACAUGCGACAGAAAACAACGGAAAAUGAGUCUUCUGCUUUAAUUUUGCUUGAUCAGGUGAGAAACUUUAAGAAGAAAAGACCAACGUGGUCUGAAGAAAUGAUCCGUCAAUGUGUUGUGCUGCGACACCUUUCCACAAGAGCGUAUGAGCACAUGCGGGGCCAUGGAAUUUUCAAAAUUCCUGGCAGAAAGACACUGUCUGCAUACAGUGGAAUACAAAACAGUGAAACAGGCUUCACAGAACUGGUUGAAGCUCGCCUCAAAGCAGAGCUUGAAAAUCUCAAGGUGCCUCAGUCAAGAAUGUGUUCUCUCAUCGUUGAUGAGAUGCGUAUUUAAGAGAAGCUACAACACAAUAAGCAACAAGACUGUUUUGUGGGCCAGGCAGACAUGAGCUUGCCGAAUGCUAGCAGUGACCUUGUGUUAGCGAACUCCCUUUUGUGCUUUGUGAUUAGUGGACUUUCAUCCUCGUACAGGAUUCCAGUUGGUUACUUUUUUACGAAGGGUUUAACCGGUAUCCAGCUUCAUGCGCUGAUGGUCUUCAUAAUGAAGAAAGUUGAGUCUUGUGGUUUCCGUAUUAUCAGACUUUCCACGGAUAAUCACAAGGUAAAUGUACAAGCCAUGAGACUUCUAGGGAAUGGCAUCGUUACCUACAGAACUGACCAGCCAUGUGACCCGGAUAGGCCGCUGUUCAUGAGCUUCCACCACUGCCACGUGCUAAAAAAUGUGCGGUCUCAAUUUUUGGCUCAUGACAUCGGACCCAAAGGAGAAAUUUCAGCGUCAUAUCUGAAAGAUGUGUAUGAGCUCCAAAAGAACUUGAUUGUGAAGCCGGUGCAUUAUCUCAGUCGGAAACAUGUUCCUAAUAACAUAGAAAAAAUGAACGUGGUGAGGGCUAUUCAACUAAUAUCCUCUGCAGUAACGGCUGUUUUGCAACACCUUCAGGAACAAGCUGGUCACACUUGCCAUAUUUCAUUCGCAAGUGCAGGCCCGACCAUAACUUUUAUGGAGAACUUCUAUCGCUGGUUUGUUCUCCACGACACCAGUAAUACAGUUCAACAUCUGCGCCAGCGUUUUCCAGAUGUUAAGCAGUACGACAGCACAGAAGAUGCCCGGCUUGAGUGGCUAGAUUUCACAAUGCCAAUGUAUCUGCAUGAACUGAAAACAAGGCGCACCCAUCCUCGUCAGUUUCUGACAAAGGAGACAUACGAGGCAUUCUUGACAACUACGUACAGCACUGUGGCCUGCAUAAAACAGCUAUUGAGGGUAGAAAAAUUUGCAUUUGUAUUGACACGGAAGUUCAACAGUGACCCAAUGGAGUCUCUGUUUGGAAUACUGCGAAGGUCAGCUAGGUGCAAUGAUACAUUAGAUGUCCGUGCUGCCCUUUCAGGGCUUCAGAAGGUGCUGAAAAUUGGAAUAGCUGCAUCCAAUCCACUUUCGAAUGUGGCACACAGUGAACCGGCAGUCAUGUCACUAACUGUAUCAUCUAAGAAGCCAGAAACAUCUGUUCAGCCUCACUCGCAACUGGGAAGAGCUGCUCUGAAUGUUCUUCAAAGACUCAACACUACUGUUUGGCCUGUGUACAUGCCUUCAAUGCAGAUAUCUGCGAUCGUCUAUGUUGGUGGCUAUAUUGUCCGCGUCAUCAGUGAGCAGAUAAACUGCGAGAACUGUGUGGCAAUCGCAUCCAAGCCACUAACAAAUCAGCCAUUGCAGACUUUCACGCGCAGCCAGGACCGUGGGGGACUUUUAUAUCCCUCUGACCAGCUGCUGUUUGUGCUGGACAUCUUGCGUGUUUAUUCUGAGAAAGCCCUGAAGGAAAAUCCAGCUCUUCAGAGACCCAUGACGAGCUUGGUGGCACACGCUGUUGGAGCUGUGUGUGCCUCAAAGUUGCUGCAGUGUAAAGACAAUGACCUGAUGCACCGACAGAAGCUGAUGGAACUUAUUGCAGUGCGUUUUAUGAGGCCUCUCUUUGCAAACUAUGCAUUUAGCAUCACAGACAAGCACGAUCCUUACAAGUACUUUUCUCAAAAGCCACUUUCAAGAAAGUGUCUAAAACUGCGACAAGCAGUGUAG